AUGACAAAAGCUCGAUCCCGAGACAGAUACAAAAUCGUGCAAGUACGGAAUCGGCACCGCCGACGUCUAAACCUACUUCGAAUCUGGUCCUGGGAAAUCGCCUUGCUCGUCGCCGCCCUGGGGCUCGUCGCCGCAAUCGUCGUCCUCCUUGCAAAUUUUAACGGCCAGGAGCUUCCACGAUGGCCGUACAGCAUUAACAUCAAUACUCUGGCAUCGCUACUCACGUUAUGUCUCCGCGCUGCCUUGGUUAUUGUCGCGGCCGAGAUUGUCGGGCAGUCUAAAUGGAUCUGGUUCCACGGCAACACGCAGCGCCUUAGCGACUUCCAGACAUUUGAUGAGGCGGCAGCCGCGGCAGUAACGACAAUCCUGAGCCUGGCUAUUAGCCCUUUCACCCAACAAGCAAUUAAAACAGUGUCAUGCGCCCGCUUGACGUCGAAAGCUAGCGCAAGAGUCCCCGUGGCGAUUAAUGUUCCUGGAGUCGACAACUUUUACGCUAUCGAAGACUCGCCAGAUAUGUACGAUUUAGGGCCCAGAGUCCAACGCGCCAUGGUUUCCGGCCUCACGAAUCCUUCGGGAAACGAUAGCGCCAUCCAAGCUCAGUGCCUGACUGGGAACUGUACCUUUCCAGAGGCCUUCGAAGUUCCGCAUUCAACCAUCGGCCUGUGCUCUCAAUGUAUGGAGACGACGUCGCUGUUGAGCUUUUCCUGGAGAAUAGAAGAUUUCGCCAUGGUUAAAAACUAUAACACCACCAAUGCUUCGCUAGGCGACCUGACGCUCAGCCUCAAAUUUUCGGACACGUGGCUUACUACUGGAAGCACCAACUUAUCCUACGCGGAGUCGAGGAUGUCUCCCGAAUUCAAGGAAGUAGCCCAGCAGGCGUUCAGCAACAUCUCUAUUCUGACAGUAUCCGGGACCACGAGCGAAUUCUGCAGGGUGAAUCAGCUCCCGCAAUGUGUUGUCGCGGCAUCCUGCACGCUGUAUCCUUGCAUGAAAGACGUCAGGGUCAACGUAGUCAACGGCCGGCUCGAGGACCGUGUUGUCAAGACAGUGCCGGCUCGAGCAGCGCCGGAAGUGGGUAUCAAACGAAGUUCGUGGUCGAUAUAUCGCCCAGACUAUCAUGUAGUCAAGAGUCCUUGUGUGGUCGACGGCCAGCUAAGGGAUUUCGCCAAGGCACGGGUGGAAGGCGAGGUGAUGUCCGUGCCGUCGGACUGUCGAUACACCAUGGGAGGCGACUACCACCAUGCCCUGGGGCUCUUUAUGCGCAGAAAUCUGUUUCAUGGAGGAUGCAAAAACGGGCUCAGAAACGAUUUGAAGGAGCAUCUGGACUGCAAGCACACGUGGUGGUUCCAUCAAUUUUAUAACAACGGCCGAGCGUCUUUUGAAUCCCUCAGUACUUCGUUUCAAAACAUGGCAACCGCUACGACUAACUUUUUUCGAGAGGACGGAUGGGGUCCUAUCCAUAACUUUACCGCAUACCAUGAGGGGAACGAUUCCACCAAGUUCAAGACGUUCCUAAGUGGCGAGAUGUGGGAAACGACCGUCUGUAUGCGCCUCGAGUGGCCAUGGCUGCUGCUGCCGGUGAUACUAUGUCUCACAACGGUGGUACUGCUGGUCGCAAUGCUCUUAGUUAACGCCGCCGACCCUGAUCAGCCCGUUUGGAAGUCGAGCAUGCUUCCGCUGUUGUUCCUUGGCCUCGACACUCAGCAGGCAGAAGAAACCUUUGGCGCGGUCUAUGCGGAGGACUUGGACAGCCUAGACAAGCAGGCAAAGGGCCUAGCGGUGACUCUGGAUCUGGGCAGUUCCGGUUCGCGCCCCGGCAUAACACUGGCGGACCAAUCGAUGACCGAGAAUGAGGACAUCGCGUAUUCUGAGGAAUUUAUCCACCAGCUUGCAGUCGCCAUACCUCCGGUGUUGAGUCGCAGUUCCAGUCGUGACGACACUGACCGGACAGCAUCUCAUACUCCUGGGGCCUAG